CUCACCAACCGGGCCAAUCACCCCUCACCAAAAUCUUAAACCUUUUCUUUUUCUAAUCUCAAAAAGACAAAGUUUCCCGUUUUCUAAUCUGAAAAAGUUCAUCAUUUUCUGUACCUUGUUUUAUCUUCACUCCAACCAAAGAGCAGGGAGUAGUAUUAAACUAACAACCGCUGCUAGCUGCAGCUCUCCUUCUUUCCCACCAUGUCUAUAAAUACAAAUUCCAACCUAAUAUUUGAACAAGAAUAAAGAGAGGGAGAAGCAAAGAGUCCAAAAGAGCGCAAACGAAGACACAGAGGUCUUUUUGUGACGUGACCAUGAAGCCGCGUCAACCGCCGGCACCGCCUUCUUCCGCCGUGCCGGCCAGGCUCCGGCCGCACCUCGCGCGACUCACCUCCUUCCUGAUCGUCUUCGCCGUGGGCUACUCCCUUGGCAUCCUAUCGUCGUCCACCCGGCCGUCCCCAAAGCCGUCUCAGACGGCCAUACGGCCGCACGCCGCGCACCUCACCGCCUCCACUGCUGUGUCGGAGUCGAACAGCACCGGCGCUGCUGCGAGCUACCCGCAGUCGCCGCCGCAUGACCUGUUCCGGUUCAGAGAAGAGUGCGGGGAGCCGAUACCCAGCGAGGCCGUCCGGCCGACGGUUCUUGAGAAGCUGUUCGACGGCGAGAGCCCGUACGCGAGCUUCCCGCCGCCGCACACCGCGGCGCUGCUGCACCCGGCGGCGGCGCGCCCGCGCGGAUGGGGCUCGACGGGGGCCGUGUUCGCGGAACUCAUCGAGGAGGUGCGCCCGGAUACCAUCAUCGAGCUGGGCGCCUUCCUGGGCGCGUCGGCGCUGCACAUGGCGGCCGUGUCCAAGAACCUCUCGCUCUCCCCGGCCAUCCUCUGCAUCGACGACUUCCGCGGGUGGCCGGCCUUCCGCGAGCGCUUCCGCCGCGACGUGCCGCCUCAGCGGCACGGCGACGCGCUGCUUCUGCCGCAGUUCAUGGCCAACGUGGCCGCGGCGGGGCCCGACUCCACCGCGCGGGUGCUGCCGCUGCCUUUCUCCACAGCGUCCACGCUCACCGCGCUGUGCGAGUGGGGCAUCUACGCCGACCUCAUCGAGGUGGACGCAGGGCACGACUUCCACUCAGCAUGGGCAGACAUUAACAUGGCCUGGGCCGUGCUCCGGCCCGGCGGCGUCAUGUUCGGCCACGACUACUUCACCUCCGCCGACGACCGCGGCGUGCGCCGCGCGGUGACGCUGUUCGCCAGGGUGAAGGGGCUCACCGUCCGGCCCCACGGCCAGCACUGGGUGCUCUCCCCGAAACCGCACAGGCACGACGACGGCCGGUGAGUGCGUGCUUGUCGCUGUCGCCGUCGGGGCCACGCACUCGCCAUCUUGGGUGCAGAAUCUGACGUGUCCGGCUGCACCAGCCUUAGCCGUGCAGGUGCAGCACCCAAACCCACCUCGAUCAAAAGCCAACGAAAAAGGUUGCCUAUUCUCUUAAGUGUUCGUCCCAACUCCCAACCACCAUUUUUUCUGUCACAUUCUCCAUUACACGAGGAUUAUGAAACUACUAAUGCUUUCUUGUUCUGCACCGAGAUAAUAUACUCCAUUACACACGAGACAUUUAUGUGUAGAUAUAGACACGAUUACAUUUUACAAGUGUUGUGCAGCUCAAAAAUUGAGGUGUAUCAAAGUCAUAGCCUCAUAGGAGCUUCUGGUAAUAAAGCUAGUUAGAUGAAAUGUAGUUGUUGAUGGUUUGUUUCUUCUUGUUUGUUUAUUUCGCCAAAGAGGAGAAUAUAUAUAACUCACUGAUGCAAAA